CCACAGCUGCUGCUGUCUGGCUGCACUCAGUAGCAUUACUCUGCUCGACUAUUUUCUAACUAUGGUGCUGGAAAAUCACAUCGGUGGAUGGUCUGUUUUCUUUCUAGCUGCUUUUAUUCCAGGACUCCACCUCCAGAGACAUGGCAGCUCCUUCCUGCCUUCUUCUGACUCUGAGUUGUCCUCUGAGGCUCAGAUCUACCAGCCAGUCCUGCAGCCCUCUGAGAAGCCUCCAUCCACAGGAACCUACUUACUGAAUAACCGUGUUGGGAAACCCUGUAUCAAAGCCACGAUGGGAGCGGAGUACAUCAUCACAGAGAAGAAGAAAACCUGGUAUUUCAACCUGGACCCCUCCAGUGUUAUCAUCAGUGGUAGCUGUGGCGAAGAAGCUGCUGUUCUGUCUCUCUUGCUGCCAGACAAGGCUGCCGGGCUGCAGUUCACCUUCAGAAAGGAAAACAACUUUUUCUACGUCACCAAUCUGACUGCUCACCUGUCUCCUCAGCCGGUCUGCCAGGGAUGUGCCGAGGUGGAGUGUUGGGCAGAUUUUAACAAGAGACUUAUUCCCACCAUCUUGGGGGCCACAGUGGUGGGUUUAUUACUGAUAGCUGCACUGACCUCCCUGUUCAUCAGAGAUCGACGCAGACAUGGAUAUGAACGACUCUGAGCUCACUGUGAAACUGGAUGGAGAUUUACUCCCUCUAAAAUAAUAUUCACUGUUACAAAUAUCUCAGUUAUUUUCUCCUCAACCUGUAUUUGACUUUGUAUUUCACAACUGAUAAUAGAAAGCAGAAAUCUAAUGUCUGAUAUUCAAAUUUUAAAUGCAAAACAUAUAGUUUCACUUACUUGUUGGUUUAUUAUUUCAAUAACUUUUAAAAUUUCUUGUCUGUGCAAGAAUUAUGUUGCUGAAAUUCAGUGUAUCAUUAAUGACUUUUGAUAGCUGCUGUUUGUUAUAAUAUCCUGAUUUGCUAUAUAUUUAACAGUUCAAGCACAAAGACAUUUCACGUUUGAUUCAGUUUUGAUUUCAAUUAUGGACAAACGGCCACAUGAUCACAAUAUAUAAAUAUCGGGUGCAGUUAUGUUGCUGGUGGAAUUAAUUAUCCCACCCUCUGUUAAUUAAUAUUCUUGGUUUUAUUUAACAGAACUAACAACUACUAGCAAUAUUGUUAUUACUGAUUACAAAAACAAAGAAAAUACUUAAAAUAAAUACAAUUAAUUAUGUGUUGCUCCAGUAAAAAUAAUAACUGUUGUUUAUAUGCUUUUCUAUCAUUGUUGGAAUAUGAUGACAUUUCAGACAUACAUGCUUCAGCUGUGACAUGCUCAAGUUACAGGAUUACGCUGCAGCUGCUGCUAUUACUGAGUACUGAAAAUCUAGUUUUACCUUCUGUGCCACUGCAACGUGCAAAAACCUGCAGAACAAUCAAGCCUGACUCAUUUUUGUCCCCAGGGCAGUGCAGGUUUCUAAUUUCAUCUCAGAUGGCUUCAUUAUUUUACAAACUUUGCCUUUUAAUGAUUUUUUUGAUUAUUAUUUUCCAAGUUCCUUAUUUGCGUGCCGACAUCUUUUAUUGUCUUACUCUGUUGCAAUGUAAAUAAGGCCUUUGUUCCUCAA